CUUGUCUAUCAUCCAGCUCUCUCUCCAUAAUAGCAUUCUCAAUCCUAUAAUCCGCACCAGUCCAUCUGAGCUGCAUCAUGUCUACCAACUGCCGUCGCCGUCUAAUCCGGGACUUUAAACGCCUCUCCACCGACCCUCCCGGCGGGAUCUCAGGCAGCCCAUGCCCGGAUAACAUCAUGCUUUGGAACGCAGUCAUCUUCGGUCCAGCGGAUACGCCGUUCGAAGACGGGACGUUCAAAUUGUUGUUGACCUUCGACGAGUCGUACCCCAACAAACCGCCGACCGUCAAAUUCCUGUCGCGGAUGUUCCACCCGAACGUAUACGCCAACGGCGAGCUUUGCCUGGAUAUCCUUCAGAACCGGUGGUCGCCGACGUACGAUGUGGCCGCAAUCCUCACCUCAAUACAAUCUUUGCUCCACGACCCGAAUCCAAACAGCCCUGCUAACGCGGAGGCGGCGCAGUUGUACCGGGAGAACAUGAAGGAAUACGUUCGCAGGGUGCGGGCGACAGUGGAGGAGAGCUGGCUCGAUCCAGAAGAGCACGCGGCGAUGGAGCAGGAUUCGUCAGAGAUGGCGCAGGAAGAGUGAACCGCGAAAACGUCGGCGGAGCUCGAUCUGCUACCUGGUGCCUUGACGUCCGUUGGAUAUGGGAUACUACGUAUCCGGACCAUGUAUUUGUGUGUGUGAGUAUUGGUGUUCGAUAUCAUAGUGUAUUUUGGCAUAAUCAGUUUGGAG